CCCCUCCCACCCUCCUGAGAAAAGGAAAACAGUUUUGUGAGGCACGUUAAGAGCACCACGUUCAUGCAGCUAGCUGGCUAGCUAGCACACUCACUCACCCACCCACCCUUGUCUCCUUCAAUUCCGAAACGGUUACCUCUUUUUAUUCCCUUCUAACUACCCACUGCAGCAACCAACAAUAAUGGCGCGUAUGUCCUCCUUCUUUUCUCUGCUGCUGCUUCUUCACUUCCUUGUUCCCUUUCAGUGGCACGUGGCUUCUUCUUCUUCUUCUUCUUCAGCUAAGUACCACCAUAACCGUAACCACAGCAGCGCAUGUUCAUUGUUCGAGGGAAGUUGGGUGCGCGAUGAAGAAUACCCGAUGCCAUUGUACGAAUAUUCAAGGUGUCCAAUCAUAGACCCUGAAUUCAACUGCCAAAUGUACGGUCGUCCUGAUUCUGCAUACCUCACAUAUCGCUGGAAGCCUCUCUCUUGCGACCUUCCAAGGUUCAAUGGGAUUGAGUUUUUGAUGAAAAUGGAAGGGAAGACUGUCAUGUUUGUCGGUGAUUCAUUGGGAAGGAACCAAUGGCAGUCUUUGAUUUGCAUGCUAUCUUCUGCUGCACCUAAUGCACGCACUCAAUUUCUCAGUGGAGAUCCUCUUUCAACCUUCAAAUUCUUGGAUUAUGGUAUGAGCAUUUCAUUCUACAGAGCACCUUAUUUGGUGGAUGUUGAUGUGUUCCAAGGGAAGAGAAUUCUAAGGUUAGAAGAGGUAGGUAGGAAUGGAGAUGCAUGGAAAAGUGCUGAUGUUCUGUCAUUUAACACUGGCCAUUGGUGGACUCAUCAAGGAUCUCUCCAGGGCUGGGAUUAUGUAAAUUUAAGAGGAAAGUACUACCAAGACAUGGAUCGCUUGGCAGCUUUGGAAAUAGGUAUGAAAACAUGGGCUAAUUGGGUGGACAACAACAUUGAUAGAAGCAGAACCAAAGUCUUCUUUCAAGCAAUUUCUCCUACACAUUACAACCCAAAUGAAUGGAAUACUAGGAAGACAACAACAUUGAUGCCAACAAAGAAUUGCUAUGGUGAAACAGCACCUAUCAGAGACACAUCAUCAUACCCUGGACCCUAUCCAGAGCAGAUGAGGAUUGUGGAUAUGGUGAUCAGAGAAAUGAAGAAUCCUGCAUAUCUUAUGGACACUACAUUCUUAUCAGCAUUAAGAAAAGAUGGGCACCCUUCAAUUUACAGUGGUGAAUUGAGUCCACAGCAGAGAGCUAACCCUGACCACUCAGCUGAUUGCAGCCAUUGGUGCCUUCCUGGAUUACCUGAUACUUGGAAUGAACUUCUCUACACUGCUUUGUUCUACUAAUUCCUCCUUCUUUUUCAUCUUUAAUUUUAAUGAUUGCAAUUUGUAAAGUUAUAUAUAUAUAUAAGAAAGUUCUCUGUUGCUUUUAUUAGUAUAAAGAAUGCUAAAUUACAAUAUUAUAGGCUUAAGUACCUUUUUUCAAUGUAACAUUAAUGACAAUGACUACU